ACAUAGUGUUAAUCUUGUUAUAGUCACUUAUAGAUAACAACAAUAUUUUUUAAUAUUUGAAGUAUACGCGCAUUGCUGUUAAUUAAGAUACAUACAUUUUAUAUACCUACUGCGAGUAUGUUUAGUAGGUAUCUAUCAACAUAGUACGUAGGUAUUUACUACUAUAAUCAUAAUAGCAAUGUAUAAGAAUUAAUAUACAGGAAUUAAUACUUUUUAAUAUUUGCAGUAUACCAUAAUAUUUUGAUUUUUGAGAAAUAAUAUUAUAUAGGACAAUAUAUUUUAUAUUAAACAUUCGUUUAUUGACCAUAUUAUAUAGGCUAUAUAGGUAAAUGUAUAAUUACUAUACAUUAUAGUAUAAAUUGUACUUCAGUGUAUACAGGUAGUUACAGCUAGUACAAACAUUUCAGUACCUAGGUAUUUAUACUAAUAGAAAAAAUGAACAAGUCCAACAUAGAACAACUAUGUCCCAGCACUCUCAGCUACAAUAUCGUGCCAAUGUCUUCCAAUGAUAGACAAAUUGUUAUAGAGUUUAUAAUAAAAUAUUUCUUUCAACACGAACCAUUGAUAAUGUGUGCACAAUUAUUCAAGGAUAUCGAAUCAGAGGAAAAACUUCAAAAUUAUCUUUUCAGAACUUUGGAUAAUGGUUUAACUUUCAAAGCCGUGUCUAGGGUCGGAGAUUUGAUUGGUGUAAUUUCCAACGAAAUAAUGGCUCGAGAUAGUGAAGAACUGAGCAAUUGUAGCAGUGACAUCACGGAGGACCAAGAAGGCAGCGUUAAGUUCAAAGAGUUCAUGACACUUUUUAAAAAAAUUGAACAAGAAUCAGAUAUAUUUGAACGGUACCCAGAUGUAAAUCGAGUAAUGGAUAUUAAGGUUGUCGCUGUGAAUGAAGCAUUUAGAGGCCAAGGGGUGUGCAAAGCUCUUUUUUAUAAAAGCAAGCAGUUGGCAUUGGAAAACAAAUGCUCAAUGGUUCGGGUCGAUUGUAGUAGUCAUUUUUCUGCUGGUGCAGCAGAAAGACUUGGAUUUCAAUGUAUCUAUUCUCUGCAUUAUGAAGAAUAUAGAAAUAAAAAAGGUGAAGUGAUAUUUAAUACUUUGCCCCCUCACAAACAAUUUAAAGUUUAUGUACUACCUAUUGAAAAAUACUUGCAUACAGAUUAAUAUAAUAUAAUAA